ACAACAUUUACCGUGAACCACAAACAUGAAGUGAUUUUGAAAUACAAAUGAGUCUUCUUUUAUCAUGAUGAAAGAUUGUUGAUAUAAUGAUGACUUUAUAUGAGAACAUGCAGCUUAUUGUAAACUUAUUGUCACCAUGAUCUGUAAUAGUCACAAUUACAUUUUCAUCAUGAAAAUGUACUUCAUUACUUUACUACCUAUAAAGAAUAAAACUCAUUAAGAUUAAAGAACCGAACCAAAUGUGGUUUGAGAGACUGUGAUCAUAACAGGCAUAAAUAUAACUGUUAAAAGACAAAUGAAGCACAUAUUAAAUCAUAUGGCUUUUAAUUUGACAUUAAAAUGGGAAUUUAUCAUUUGAACAGAAUAUAUUAAAUUAUUAACUGCAGAACUUACUUUACUUCGCUGGUUUCAAGAUUGAUAAGUACGGUUUCAUUUUAAGAACCGGUUUUUAAAAGGUAACACUUUAAAGUGAACAAGGACAUGUGAUGUAAUAAAUAAGUAUAAAAAUAAAUAAAUGACUGAAAAUGCUACAAAAUUGUCUGUCUUGCACACCGCAUUAGUUUAGCCUCCACAGAUCUCUGCUUGUUAUCCUGAAUUAGUUAAAAUACAUUUGAAGAACAGGUCCGUAGAACGAGACUGAUUUUCCUAAUUCCAACUUGUAAACAGUAUUGUUCACCCAAUAGGAGAGCUCACUGCAACAGGAGAGAAUACUGCAGUGUGAUUGGUCGGUCAAUGAAAGUCUGUUACACUAACUCUCCCUACAGGGAAUGUGAAUAAUGAGCAGUAUCUCCUGGCCUUUGUUUUAGGAGAUUGUGACAGUGAAAAUAGGUCACAGAGCUGCUACACCAGCCAUGUAUUAUAUUCUUUUAAUAUUUAACUCCUGUGACAGUUGCUCAAUCACAAUGUUCCAGCAGGUUAAAGAUCCAGGUGUGGACUGAGACUUUGAGCUCCACGUUAAUAGUCAGACACUGCCAUGUCUCCAAAGAUCACAGGAGAGCUGCUCAGGCAGCUUCGCCAGGCGAUGAGGAGUUGUAAAUACUUCUCUGAGCCCAUACAGGCAUACAUCGUUCCUUCUGGAGAUGCUCACCAGAGUGAAUACAUUGCACCGUGUGACUGCAGACGUGAAUUUAUCUGUGGAUUUAAUGGCUCUGCAGGUACAGCCAUCGUCACAGAGCAGCACGCUGCAAUGUGGACUGAUGGGCGAUAUUUCCUCCAGGCCAGUCAGCAGAUGGACAACAACUGGACCCUUAUGAAGAUGGGGCUGAAGGAGACACCCUCUCAGGAGGACUGGCUGAUCAGCAUCCUGCCAGAGAACUCCAAAGUGGGAGUAGAUCCUUGGAUCAUUGCUGCUGAUCAGUGGAAGAACAUGUCCAAGGCCCUGACCAGCGCAGGACACUCUCUGGUGGCAGUGCAGGACAACCUGAUCGAUGCCAUCUGGAUAGACCGCCCAGAAAGACCCAGCACACAGCUCCGCACCCUGGGCUUAGAUUACACCGGUAUGUCCUGGCAAGACAAGAUCACGGCGCUGCGAGCCAAGAUGACGGAGAGGAAAGUCACCUGGUUCGCUGCCACGGCGUUGGACGAGAUCGCAUGGCUUUUUAACCUCCGUGGUGCAGACAUCGAGUACAACCCAGUUUUCUUUGCAUAUGCCAUCGUGGGGAUGAACUCAAUAAGACUUUUUGUGGACCUAAAGCGUCUCUCGGAUCCCGUGUUGAGGGACCACCUGCAGCUGGACUCGCCCAGCAAGCCUGAGCUGAGCAUCCACACGUUUCCGUACGAGUCGGUCUACACUGAGCUGCAGGCCAUCUGCGCAGCACACAGUCCCAAGGACAAAGUGUGGAUCUGUGACAAGGCCAGCUGUGCUCUCACACAGGUCAUCCCCAAGGCCCACAGGACUCCGAUUCCCUACACUCCACUCUGCCUCGCCAAGGCUGUGAAGAACACGACUGAGAUUCAAGGAAUGAAAAUGGCUCACAUCAAAGAUGCAGUUGCCCUUUGUGAACUCUUUGCUUGGUUGGAAAAGGAGAUUCCAAAAGGCACCGUGACAGAGAUCUCUGCUGCCGAUAAGGCUGAAGAAUUACGCAGUCAACAGAAAGAUUUCGUCGGCCUCAGCUUCCCCACAAUUUCCAGCGUUGGACCAAACGGAGCCAUCAUACAUUACAGACCUCUGCCUGAAACCAACAGAACUCUCUCCCUGAAUGAAGUUUACCUGAUCGACUCUGGAGCUCAAUAUGUUGAUGGAACCACAGACGUCACACGCACCAUGCACUUUGGGACUCCAUCAGCUUUUGAGAAGGAAUGCUUUACCUAUGUACUGAAGGGACACAUAGCUGUCAGUGCUGCUGUUUUCCCCAACGGAACCAAAGGCCACCUGUUAGACUCGUUUGCCCGUGCAGCUCUGUGGGAGUCGGGGCUGGACUAUCUUCACGGUACGGGCCACGGCGUGGGCUGCUUCCUCAACGUCCACGAGGGGCCCUGCGGCAUCAGCUACAAGACCUUCGCUGAUGAGCCUCUGGAGGCUGGCAUGAUCGUCAGUGAUGAACCUGGAUACUAUGAAGAUGGAUCUUUUGGCAUUCGUAUUGAAAAUGUGGUCCUUGUUGUACCAGCUAAACCCAAAUACAACUACAGAAACAGAGGCAGUCUGACGUUUGACCCGCUCACUUUGGUUCCUAUUCAAGUCAAGAUGAUGAACACAGAGCUGCUCACUCAGAAAGAGCGAGACUGGGUGAACGAGUACCACAGGAAGUGCCGGGAGGUGGUUGGAGCGGAGAUGGAGAGGCAAGGCAGGAAGGAGGCGCUGGAGUGGCUGAUCAGAGAGACCCAGCCGCUCGUCUGAGGACUCUGAUGCAGUCCGAUCCUUUUCCCCAGGGGGUACUGCAGUAGCUCUGCAGUGAUAAUCGCUUGUGUUUUUCUCAUCUUUCUCUGUGUCUCACACUUGGCUUCUUUUGUAAAGCACAUUGUAUCAGCAGUUUUAUUAAAGAUCAUUAAAAAAAAAUCAAGAAACCACUUGUCUAUGUUCUCUAAUUUGUGUCUCCAACAUACUCAGCUUUUCUUGAACUAUAACAGCAUCAUCAACUUGGAAACCCUACAUUUAUAAGGUCAGUCACAUGAUCUAUCCAUCGUACAACACAUUUACAUAAGAAAAAAUACAAAAAUAAUGUAUGCAUGAUUAUAGGAGCCUCUGUUAAACUAGUAGCAUAAACCUGUGCUGUGUUGAGUAUUCUGUUUCGACUCAAUGGUUCUCACCAGAAUGCCUGAUGUGUAUCAUUGAGGCCUUACAAACAUGAAUGUUUCUGAAUUAAUCCUGCAUUGUUCACUGUUCGUUGACUUAGUCUUCCUUCCCAGCCUUUGCUGGCACCUACUACUGUAAUUAACUGUCAAUCAGCAGAUACCAUGGCAGGAAUGUAGAUCACAUUGGCGUGCUCAUGCAGAUACACAAACGGAACGGGUUGAUUAAUAAAAACAAUGCUUGAAUGAAUGAUAGCCACAGUGUACCUUUGUAUGUCUUUGAGGGAAGAAAAACCUGUUAGACCUCAUAUUGACUAAGACUUCUAGUCAGAGAUGCCAAGACAGAUCUUUGUUAAAGAGUUAAUUAAGGUCAUAAAGUGUCUGUACAUGGAAUUCAGAGCAUAUCGAUUGCCUGCACACGGCUCUUAACAUGGCAGUGGCUAAUAGUGCUAACGCCACCAACAGCCCUAAAAACAGCAACAGUGGGGACAAAGCUAACAGUGUAACCUGAGUGGGAAGGUGGCCACUGCGAAUCUGUGACAACACUGUGGGCCGGGAAGGUGGUAACAGAGAGAGCAGUGCAGAGUGGUGCCAGUGGGACACAGAUACAUUAUUGUACUGUCAAAAUUUAAAAGGCAGUGGAUGAAAUAAGCUUCAUUUUUGUUUUCUAGCAGGUCACUAG